AUGCCCGUGGUUCGCAAUGAUCGCGAAACCCAACCGCAUUUGUGUGGUGUUGGUGAUGAUGAUGGUGGUGGUCGUGGUUGUGGUGGUGGUGGUGGUGGUGGUGGCCGGAGGGGGGAGAAGCUAUUAGCUCAGUAUCACAGACCCAAGCUAAUAUGUGCUUUUGGUUUACCCACGAGCGAUUGGGUAGUAGGACUGAAAGAUACGGCUUUGUGCAGUACGUGUUAA